AUGAUUAUUAUACUAUAUCCAUUACAUAAAAAAGAAUUUAUUCAACAAACAACAAAAUCUAUUAGUAUUAUAUUGCGUGAUUAUGACUUAACAUCAAUUGGUAUUAAAAUUCUUGUUGAUGGAAUUAUAUUAUCAAAAUCAAAAUUAAAAUAUCUUAGUUUAUCAUAUAAUUCAAAAAUAGACGAUCAAGGUAUUGAACAUUUAAUUCGUUUAUUAAAAAUAUCUCAAACAAUUAGCUUUUUAGCUAUAUUUAAUACUCGUAUAAGAGAUGAUAUAUAUUGA